GAAAAAACGCAUGAUUGGCAAUGGGCCAGUAAUACUCUCUUUCAGCCCCCAAUUCCUCACUCGCGCUUCGUUUCGCUUCUUGUAAUUUCCACCAAUGCCCGGGAGUGACCCGAUACCCGACCCGGAAACCCUACAACCCGGCAAUGCCAUUGAUCUCGACGGUGAAGAUUACGAUGACGAUGAAGACGACGCUAUUGAAGAAGACGAUGAAGAUGAAGACGAAGACGAAGAAGACGAAGAUGAAAACGACGACGUCUUGUUUGAACCCGCCACUCCCCGCGCGGUGAAGCUGAAAAUGGACACACUAGUCCGACGUAUGUUGACCGGCCCCGUUCCGAUUCACGUUCACAACGUGAUCAUCACAGGGAACACGAAGACCAAAGGCUACAUAAUCGAAUCCCAGGCGUCAGAGGCUUUGAAGAAAGCCACCACGAUGCAGGACCUGUUGCGAGCAUCGGACGCUGUGAAUUCGCGGCUGAAAUCCCUCGGUCUCUUCGAUUCGGUUGCGAUCACGCUCGAUUCAGGUCCGGCGGAGAUUCCCGGGAGCGUCAACGUUAUUAUUAAGGUCGAGGAAGCGAGGAAUCGGGUAUCUGGAGAGAUUGGAGCUUAUACGAAUGCUGAGGCUAAAUCUUCCUCAGUUGAAGGAUCCAUCAAGUACAAGAAUUUGUUAGGGUUUGGGGAUCUAUGGGAUAGUUCAAUUGCUUACGGGUUUGACCGCACAGCAGAGGUAAGUGCUGGUGUAUAUUUGCCCAGAUUGAAAACGUUGGUAGCUCCUGUGACUGUUCGUGCAUACUUGUUGACCCAAGAUUUGCUGACCUUUUCUUCUUACAAAGAGCGUUCCGUUGGACUUUCUGUUGGCUUAUUUUCGAAUAGAUUUCACAACUUGGAGUACCACCUUGCAUGGCGUCACUUGAUAGAUCCAUCUCAAAUGACCUCAUCUGUAAAGAUGCAGCUUGGACAUGAUUAUCUUUCAUCCUUGAAGUAUACAUUAAAAAUUGACAAGAGAAACUCUCCUGUGAGGCCAACUAAAGGAUAUGCUUUUAUUGCUAAAACUCAUAUUGGUGGCCUUGCACCUGAUAGUCAAAGCUUAAGAUUCCUGCGCCAGGAGUUUGAUCUUCGAUGUGCUAUCCCUCUUGGAUUUUAUCAUGCAGCUCUUAAUUUUGGGAUUUGUAGUGGUGUUAUUUUUCCAUGGGGGAGUGGGUUCUUAAACAGGACUACAUCCAUACCAGAAAGAUUCUUCUUAGGUGGCAAUCUAUCUCCAGUUUGUGCUUUAGGAGGGCCAAAAGCAUCAUGGGGAUUUAAGACAAGGGCAACGAGUCCCUAUGAACCUAAAAGACAGAUUGAUGAUGAGAACGCUGAUGUGGCUAGUAGGGAUUCUCUUGGAGGAAACUUUACUGUUACUGCUCUAGCAGACCUUUCAUUUGACCUUCCAACUAGGUGGUUUAGAGAAAGGGGAAUCCAUGCACAUGUCUUUGCUUAUGCUGGAAAUGUUGCCAUGUUAACAGAGAACGAGUUCCGAAGUUUCUCCAUGCAGAAGUUCAUAGGCUCAUUCAGAAGUUCAGCUGGAAUUGGCGUUGUCAUUCCUACAAACCGAUUUCGCAUGGAGCUUAAUUAUUGCUACAUACUGAAGAAAUUUGCUAAUGACCAUGCUAAGGCUGGCUUUUGGCUAACCUUUUCUCGGCCAUCGUAGAACGUUACUUUUCUGCUAGGUUGGCAUCUAGUAACAUUGGUUUCGCACGGUAUUACACUGAAGCCUGCCAUUUGAAGCAGUUAAGUUAUUUGGAGACCUGGGCAGUUCUGCUUCUUCAACAGUUACUCGUGUUUCCCCUUUUUACCUCAAUAAUGGGAGGGAUUAUAACUGCAUUUCGGUGAUAGAACUGAUAGGUUUGCUUUGGUUACUAAUGACAUGGUUUUCUUUUGGGAGCAUUACUCUUUCUUUCCUCAUUUGUCCAGAUAUCUUGUUUAUCAUUGUGUUAUGUAACGUUUCGAUGGCCGGUUUGUACGGCUUUGGAUAAUGAUUUUAUGUUGUUGAGCUGAAAACAAAGGAAUAAAUAGAAAGAAUCCCUAUUGUUUUUGCUGUAAA